CGUUCCCCUCGCCGCUCCGCCCCGAGGCCCUGCCCGGGGGUGGGGGAAGCGGCGCGGGGAGGAGCGCCCCGUUCCCGGUGCGGCCCGUCGGGGACUAUGCGGAGAUGGCCGUCCCGAGCCGAGGCGGGAACAAAGAGUCGCCGCCGCUCAAGCCCGGGCAGCGCUCGCCGGGAGGCAGCCCCCGGAGCGGCCACGGGCGGCCGGCUCGCUCCCCCGGUAGGCAGGUCCCCGGCGGGGCCCGCGGCGUGCGGAAGGGAGCCGGCGGGCGGCGGGGAGGCAGGAGCGAGCCCCCGAGAGGCUGCAGGGAGGCGGCGGCAGCCGGCCGGCUGUGGGACGCGCUGGGCCGCGGCCCCCUGGGGCUCCUGCACGUCUGCGGAGAGCGGCUGCGAGUGUUUGUUGAUGACAGAAGGGCCUUCGUUGUAAAAGCUGAUAGCAAGAUAUGGCUCACUUUCAUUCUGGCUGCUUUUGCCGGAGUCCUACACUGGUGUCACAUAACAACUCUGUUUGAAAAUGACCGUCACUUUUCUCAUCUGUCAACGCUAGAAAGAGAAAUGGCCUUUCGCACAGAGAUGGGUCUUUAUUAUUCCUACUUCAAGAUAAUUAUUGAGGCACCAUCGUUUUGGAAUGGGCUGUGGGCAAUUAUGAAUGACAGACUAACUGAAUAUCCUUUAGUGAUUAACACCUUACAAAGGUUCAAUCUUUACCCAGAGGUGGUCCUCGCCAGCUGGUACCGCAUAUAUACUGCCAUUAUGGAUUUUCUUGGUGUACCAACAAAGACAUGUUGGACUGUAAACAGAGGAAAAGGGCUUAGUCCUGUUGAAAGCUGCGAGGGGUUGGGAGACCCUGCUUCCUUUUAUGUUGCUGUGAUUUUUCUUUUGAAUGGAUUAAUGAUGUCACUGUUCUUCCUAUAUGGCACAUACCUCAGUGGGAGCCGUCUAGGAGGCCUCAUUACUGUGAUGUGUUUCUUUUUCAACCAUGGAGAGUGCACUCGUGUCAUGUGGACUCCACCUCUUCGUGAAAGUUUCUCAUACCCAUUCCUUGUGCUUCAGAUGUUGCUUUUGACCUAUAUUCUCAGGAUUCCGAAUAUUAAUACAGGAAGCUUGAUUGCACUGUGUGUUUCUAAUAUCUUUUUCAUGCUUCCCUGGCAGUUUGCUCAGUUUGUUCUUCUAACUCAGAUAGCUUCGUUAUUUGCUGUGUGUAUUAUGGGUUAUGUUGACUCCUGCAAAUUACAGAAGAUACUCUCUGUUCAUAUGGUAUCUCUUGUAGUGUGUUUUAUUUUGAUGUUCGGUAAUUCGAUGUUAUUAACAUCAUAUUAUGCUGCAUCUUUAGUAGUUAUCUGGGGAAUUCUGGAACUGAGUCCAAGGGUCUUUAAAAGGUGCAGAGGUCAAGUCUAUCUGUGGGUCAUUGAAGGAUGUGCCUGGUUAUUUGGGACAGUCACCUUGAAAUACCUAACUUCUUUAGCAUUUGGAAUAGCUGAUGAUGCUCAUAUAGGUAAUAUAUUAAAAUCUAAAUUUAUUGGCUACAAGGAUUUUGACACGUUAAUGUAUACCUGUGCUGCAGAGUUUGACUUCAUGGAAAAAGAGACUCCAGUUAGAUACACAAAGACUCUACUACUACCAGUUGUUCUAGUGGUUUUGGGGGUAAUCAUUAAAAAGGCAGUUAAAUAUCUUAGGUGGACUUUAUCUCAUGCAGGCCAAUAUGAGAGAGAGGAACGUUUUAACCAGGGUGAGGUGGUAUACCAUGCAUUGCAGCUGUUGGCAUACAGUGUCCUAGCAAUUUUAAUCAUGAGGCUAAAGUUGUUUUUGACACCACACCUGUGUGUUAUGGCUUCCUUGGUGUGUUCAAAACAGUUAUUUGGAUGGCUCUUCUGUAAAAUCCAGCCCAAAACAUUGGUCUUUGCUAUUUUAGCAUUGAUGGCAAUAGAAGGAUCAGCAAACCUUCAAACUCAGUGGAACAUCAUGGGAGAAUUUAGCAAUUUGCCACAGGAAGAACUUCUAGAGUGGAUACAAGUCAGUACCAGACAAGAUGCUGUUUUUGCAGGAGCAAUGCCUACAAUGGCAAGUGUUAAAUUGUCCACGCUUCGUCCUAUUGUAAAUCAUCCUCAUUAUGAAGAUGCAGGAUUAAGGGCCAGAACUAAAGUAGUAUAUUCCAUGUACAGUCGAAAACCUGCAAAAGAAGUGAAAAGAGAAUUAAUAAAAUUAGGAGUGAAUUACUACAUUCUAGAAGAGUCAUUGUGCGUAAGCAGAAAAAAGCCUGGUUGCAGUAUGCCGGAAAUCUGGGAUGUGGAAGAUCCUGCUAAUACAGGCAGAAUCCCUUUAUGUACCCUGAUGAGCAAGGAUUCCAGGCCAUAUUUCAUCACAGUGUUUGAAAAUAGCAAUUACAGAGUCUUAAAGAUUCCAUAUGAGUAACGUUUCAAUGCAAAGAACCAUCAGUCUUUCAGCUUUUUAAACAAGUAACUGUAAGAAUUCUAAAUCAGAAAUACCUUUUUUACUAGACUUUAAAUGGAAAUGUGUAUUAUUUUUUUUUUUUUAACCAUUUUAAGUGAAUUCUGAUUAUAGAAAUAUCUUAAACCUAACAGUUUGGAUUUCUAUUUCAGGGUCAGUCCCUUGAGAUUUGCUAUGCAAAUGAUUAUAUGUUUGCACAUUUUAUUGAACACUGAUUCAAAAGGAGUUAAAAUUUAUGGAAAGUAACUCCGUUCUCAAAACCAAUGAUAUUGUGAAAUGGGACUGUCAGAAUGUCAUAGCAAAGCAAGUUUGUUUAAAGUUUCGGUGCUAGCAGCUUGGAACAAAGGAAUGGUGCUAUAGCAUCUGGUAUCACAUUUCUCAUGUCGCUUUUAUUAGCCGUUUUAUUAUUCUGGACAAGGUGAUACUUAUUAGAAAUUUUCUUAAGUCGCAUAGUUUCACUAGUCGUGCCUGGGAGAAGUACGUUUUUUGUGUUAAGAACAUUGGUCAUUUUGGAUCACUUAACACAUGAUUUUAAGCUUGCUUUUGAAAUGGAAAACUUUGUAGGUGAACAUGAAACUUUGUUAUGUAGGUGCAUGUUCUUGAAAACUUAUAUUAAAAAUGAAGACUAAUAAGGGUAAUAUUUGGAGCAAGCAGUAGUUUAGCUUUUCCAUGUCCAAGGGUUUUUAGCAUUCUUACACAUUCAGAAUAAGCUGGCAUAAUAUAAAUGGAAUUUUUAAGGAAAAAUGCUUUAUUCAGGAAAAAUCUGUAAUAGCCUUAGAAAAAUACUAAAAUAAAUCCUUCACUGCCUUAACUAGACCUUCAGCGCCUAACUUGCUAAGAAAUUAUUUUCAAAAUUUAUGCCCCAUUUUCUUUUCCCCUGUAUUAGAUCCUGCCUACAUUUUAUCAUCAGCAUUAAAGAAAAAUGAAAUUUAACCCAGUUGAUUAUGAGUAUAGCCAAACAGUUGGGUGGGUAUAAUUUCUCCAACAGUAUUAGAGUGGUUCUUCAGUUUUAUGUCAUAUUGAUAUCACACCAACAUUAUUGUUAUAUAGUACUUAAAUAAUUCAUUUCCCAGGAUACCCAGUACAAAGACAUUCUUCAGUUGUUUAGCUGAUACAGAAUUUUUGUAUAUUUAUUGUUAUGGGAAAAUAUCACAGAAAUGGUGAUUCUACAGUUCAAGGUUUAUAAAGUCUCGUGUUUCUCUAUAUCAUUCAUUCUUGGUUUGUUGAUUUUUUUUUUUUUUUUUUAAGUUGUUCAUGCAUCAGUCUAUUGACAUGACUGGUCUUUUACAGCCCUGAGAGCAUCUAAUAAUAUUAGAUGCUACAGGAAUGGUAUCUACCACAUGUAUAACAGAAGCAAUUAAAUGGGAACCUCUGAUAAAGUAGUAGUGUAACAGCUGAUCAGUAUUCUGAGUCGUCUUAUUUUUUUUAAGAUCUGUUUUAUUGUGAUGGAGAAUGGCUGAAAAUGCAUUAGCUUUUUAACUUUUACAGAAUAGAUUUUUGGAAAAAAUUUAUAUAAGAAAACUAUCAAAAAAGGGCUUUUGGGAAGUCACUUUUAAAAAUAUUAAUUGAAUUCAAGGAGGCCAGAAAAAAAAAUCUUUAAUCUUUAUAUAAACAUUGUGACUAGUGUUACAGCACAAAAAGGUACUGUAUUUUUAUGAAAUUUAUGCCAACUGUUGAUGUGUACUUAUGUGGUUAAAUAAAAAAGAAAAAGAUGGAA